AUGAAACAUCUGGUGUAUCUCCUCGGGAAUGCCAUUCUGAAUCUUCCGGAUGAUCAAGAACAGAUGUGUUGGCUUAUUGAUUUCACAGACUGGACACUGAGCACAAGUGUUCCUAUCAAGUCUGCUAGAGAAGCUAUCAAUAUACUUCAGAAUCACUACCCUGAGAGAUUAGCUGUAGCUUUCCUCUACAAUCCUCCAAGGCUCUUUGAAGCAUUCUGGAAGAUUGUGAAAUACUUUGUUGAUGCAAAGACAUUCUCCUAG